AUGUCCACAACCUCAGAAGACGUUAUCCACGCAGCAGUAACUGAAUUUGGCGGCCUUCCGUCCUCCAUGACCGCAGCAGCGUUUUUGGGAGUCGCGUUGUACCUCUGCAUCGAGCUCAACGUUCGCCUGCUCGCCAGGACCACAAGCCGCAGCUUGUACUUCUGGAGUUGCCUACUGUGCAGCUGGGGUCUCAUCGUUCAUGGCAUCGCGAUCCUCUUACUCAACUUCCACAUAUGGGAAGCAUACUCAUCUAUCGUCGUUGAGCUGGCGUGGUUGACAUAUGUGGUCGCUCAGUCACUUGUCCUUUACUCUCGCCUCAACCUCGUACUGAGGAACACGCAAGUCGGACGCUAUGUCCUCUACAUGAUCCUAAUUGACUCGGUCAUAUUUGGCCUCACCACAGUUUUGCUCGGAAUGAUUGCUGCACGUCGUUCGUCGCAAGCAACUGUGCCAUACUAA